UACCACCCCCCACCCACCGCCACCACCGCCACCACCCCCACCUACCACCAUGCCGCUUGUUAUCCGCCUCAAGCCGCCGCAUGUGUCUGCCAUUGCCGGCGUGUUCUUUGGCAUUGGCUGGGGCCUCUUCAUCGACUCGGUGGCGUACUCGAACCAUGUCCACAACAACGUCGACAUUGUCUUUGGCUUCUGGAUGCCGGGCAUUGCUGCCACUCUAUUCCUUCUCAUGAUGAUGCCCAUCUCGUCAAAGGCCAUCGGGAACACAGACGCGUUCUCGGGCGGCUCGCCGAUGGCGGCCCGACUGUGGAUGCUGGUGGCGUUUGUGCUCGGGCUGGGAAGCGUAAUGGCGGGCAUGGCGCUGAUGAUCACCCAGUACACGCAGCGGACAGACGGCAAGACGCCCAAGACCACCUGGCCAGGCUUCGCCAUGUUCCUCCAGUCGCUCUUCAUCUUUAUCGCCGGCAUCGUGUACCGGUUCGGCGGCGACGCCGUCGACGUCGCCCAGUACGACGGCUUUUAGGCGCGUCGGCGCGGGAAGGGAGAGGUAAACAGACAGCACCGGCAA